AAAAAAUGUCUGCCUAAGGGAAACUCGUAACUGAGACAUACACAACAAAUUUCCCCGUGUAGCGCCACGGAAAACCCCAUUUCGCGAUUUUGGAGGGGUGUUGCAGUAAAGCGUGUCCGUACCAGAUCACCCUAGUGGGGAAUUGAAUCGAAAAGAAGUUCUACAGAUUGCAACCAUGAAUCCUCAGCAGCGGAUUGCCGCUCUCGGAACAGACAAAGAAUUAAGCGAUUUACUGGAUUUUAGUGCGAUGUUUUCUCCACCUGUCGGAGGAGGGAAGAAUAGACCAACAACCCUUGGAAGCAGCCAGUUCAGUGCACCAGGUUUGGAUGAGCGGACCAACCAAGCAUCUUGGGCCUCAGGUGGCGAGGCCAGUCCUUCCUAUGACUCCUCCAGGGGUUUCACGGAGAGCCCUCAUUACGGCGAUCAUUUGAGUGACAGUCGAUUAGUGUCCCAAGAUGGAUUGUCCCCUACACCUUUCAUGAACUCGAACGUAAUGGGAAAGACGGAAAGAGCUUCAUUCAGCUAUGGUCGGGAAGCUGGAGCUUCAGCCUGCCAGUCUACCCUGCGAUCAGACGUGGGGUUAUCAAGUCCCAGUUCUGGGACUACGGCAGGAAAGCAGUCCACGCCAUUCUACUCUUUCAAUGCAGCUAAUCCCAAAAGACGCGCUCUUCAAGAUCCACCGUCUAUUGAUCCUCUACAAACAAAAAAGGUUCGCAAGGUCCCUCCUGGCCUGCCUUCAUCUGUGUAUGCACCAUCUCCAAACUCUGAAGACUUCAACAGAGAUUCACCGUCAUACUCCUCCCCUAAACCUUCCAGCAGUAUGUUUACAAGCACUUUCUUUGAUGGUACCCACAGUUCUUCUGAUCCAUGGAACUCAUCUAAUGGGAUUCCUCAGUCAGGAUAUGGCAUGCUUGCAGGAUCAUCAUCUCACCUGCCACAGUCUGGCAACUACAGCAGCCUACACUCGCAUGACCGCUUGAAUUAUCCAUCCCACUCCGUGUCUCCAGACAUCAGUACCAGUCUUCCUCCCAUGUCCAGUUUCCACCGGAGCAACACCAGCACUUCACCAUUCGUCACUGCUGCACACACCACAUCGGUCACGGCAGAUGGCGUCAUGGCUGCUGCAAAUCGAGGGAACCCCACUGGAAACUCACAGACUGGUGAUGCACUUCGAGAAGCCUUGGCCUCAAUUUACUCACCUGACCACACAAGCAGUAGUUUUCCUUCCAACCCGUCCACACCAGUGGGUUCCCCAUCUCCUCUCACUGCGACAGCAGGCGCCACCUCUGCAGGUACAGUGGUGACAGCUGCUGGUACCCCACCUGCGAGGCCAGGGACCAACCAGUGGGCCCGUUCUAGUGGGCAGACCCCGACGUCACCAAACUUUGAGAACUCUCUCCACUCGCUGAAAAACAGAGUUCAUCAGCAGUUACAUGAGCAUCUCCAGGAUGCCAUGUCUUUCUUAAAAGAUGUGUGCGAGUCUCGGAUGGAGGAUCGCCUGGACCGACUGGAUGAUGCAAUCCUUGUUCUGAGAAACCAUGCAGUGGGCUCCACCGCCAACCUACCCAGUGACAUUCACAGUCUGCUCGGACAGGCUCAAAAUGGACCAUUAGCCGCCAUUGGAGCAAACUUUGCUGCGUCUGCGUUAACUUCAAGUCGAACAGCAGCAAUGCAGGGUAGUGCUCAUGCAGACGAGGCUACCAGUCUGAGCAGUCACGGGGGUCUGGCAAGCGCAGGCUCUGCUUCUAGCACAGAACUGAACCACCAAGUGGAAGCAUUCAGAGGCCUGGCUGGCCAGGUUCCUCCAACCCUGGAGCUGAAGGUGGAGAAGCAGGACAAAGAUGAAAUGAAUGAAAGUCUAUCAGGGGACGAUAAGUCAGAUGAUGAGAGUGACAAAAGGGAUCUGAAGGCCCUCCGGACUGGCACGCGCACCAGCAGCAUCACAGAAGAUGAGGACCUGAAUCCGGAGCAGAAGGCCGAACGUGAGCGCGAGAGGCGGAUGGCCAACAAUGCACGCGAGCGCUUACGAGUGCGAGAUAUCAAUGAGGCGUUCAAGGAGCUCGGUCGAAUGUGCCAGCUCCACCUAAAGAGCGAGAAGCCCCAGACCAAGCUGCUCAUCCUCCAUCAAGCUGUUGCUGUCAUCCUCAGCCUGGAGCAGCAAGUCAGAGAACGGAAUCUCAAUCCCAAAGCAGCCUGCCUUAAAAGAAGGGAAGAGGAAAAGGUUUCUGGGGGCUCCGGUGACUCUUCAGGUCACACAGGAGUCCAUCCAGGUCUGACUGACACAUCCAACCCCAUGGGCCACCUCUGAGCAGCAGUGUGAUUCCAUUCAGUCCUGUUGGAGUCUGUGAGGCCUCAACGUGACAAACACGACUCAAAGUUUGUGACGAGCACAGAGCAGGUGUGAGAAUGAAGAGAAGCUGAGCGUCAAGAUGUCAGUGACCAGUUUCCAUUCACAACAUUUAAGCCCAUCACAAAAAAACAAAAAUCUCCAGCACAUAUCACUGUCCACAGGAAGUAUGUUGCUCCUGAACAAUCAGAGACUUUUGCAAUCUCCUCCAUCAACGGAAGUUGCCUUGUGCCUAAACUGAAUUGACGAAUGCAUUGUAACAGCAAAUGUUUUUGCUUUUGUUUUUCUAUUUAUUAUAUUUUUUGAAGUUGUCAGAGGAGAAUUGGAAGUGAUUGGAAAGAGAAGAGGGCAGCUUUGAUGUUGUCCUAUAUAGUUCCAGUGUCGUCGCUGAAAACCAAGCAGCUCCCCGUCAGUCAAAGGGAAACACGUUUUGGUCGUGUGAGAUUGAGAUUAAUUUAUUGGCCACCUGAGAUAUUUAUGCCCAACAAAAAAGCAAUUAACUGUUAGAACUUAACACUAAAGGCCCGUUAUCUAAACAAAAAAAUAUAUAUUUAUGUCUUUAUUUUAUUGAUUUUGCCAGGUUUAUAACAAAAAACUACCUUUUUGUUUUUGUCGAGAAUCAAUUUUUAUUUUGUUUAUGUGUGUGUUACCCAACAGAAAACACUAUUUGCGACUCGUAGUUUUACUGACAGCGCUAAUGUAGUUCUGCGUGACCAGCUAACCCGAGCAUUCCCUGCAUUUGUUAGUGUCUUAACUAAGGGAAGCAGCGGAUUACAUUGUCUUCUCGUUCCUUUGCCAAAUAGUGUUCCACGUACGCUGUGAGUCUUCUUGCUGCCAUCAAUUGAGAUCAAUUCCUGACAAAGGUUGACACCUAAAUUAAAAAACAAUGACGAGGACGCUUCCUUGGGGCCUGAUGAACAUAUCUCUCUCCUCUCUUCUAUGAUUCUUAUCUUUUCUGUGUUUACUAAUAUCUUCUGGCUUCCAACAGAAUUCCUUUAUUUAUUUCAGUUACUCGCUCUAAAUAGCCAGUCGAGAUGUAUUUUGCAGAAUAUCCCAAAACACGUAAUGGGUUUCAUUGACUUGUAUCAAAACAAUGAACAAGAGGAUUUCAUCUCUCAUGGCUUUAUUUGUAUUUUCCUCAUCAGUGUGCAUGCUUUACCCUGUUGGUUUGUAUCAUUACCUUCUUUGUAUAUUGUCUCCUAUCAACAACAAGAUGACACUCAACAAACGGAGAAGUCACCACUCAAAGGGAUUUCAUUGGAAUCAAGUCUGCCUCCUUGAGUGUAGAUUCUGUUUGCAUUUUAGUGAGUUCUCUGUUUGAAUAUGUCCUUGUUCUUCAGUUCAGUAUUUAAGAGUUCAUGUGGGAGACGUGGUUGAGACGUGAGCGGUGGAAGCGCAUCACCUCCCGCUCUCUGUCUCUCCCUUAUGUUUUACAUUACUUUCUUCCUCAUUUUGCCAAGUUAGACAUUGCUGUAUUCCUUGAUGCUUCUUCAUGUAUUAUAUAUGAAAAACGAAAAGAAAAAAAAAAGCAUUUGGCUUAUUUUUCACUGUAGUUAGUCUUUUAUACGAUUACAAUGUAAGAAUAUUUCUUGAAUUCUAAAUAUUACUCUUUCUAGAUUUUUGAAAGCAAAAAUUUUGAGUAAAAAUUUCUUACUUUAUUUUACUAUGUUAGAUAGUAAAAUGUAUGGUUAUUUACGACAACCUCUCUCCGUCUGACAUUUCAAAAGCGGUCUUGUGGUGGGGGAAAAAAGUAAAGAUAAAUUGAGAGUUCAAAUUGUUCAAGUGGCGACAUGCGAUUGAAAAUGUGUCCAUGAAACGUGCACAUACAAAACUGUGGCAAUGAGAUUUUUCAUUUUCUGUCAUCUUUUUUUUUUCAACAGAAAAAAAUGUAUAUAACAUUUAUGUUGAAAUAAAU